AUGAAGAUAGUUGUUCAUUUAUUAUUCACUACAGGGACCAGUAAUCGACAUCCAUCCGAAGAUGAAGAUUGGCUGGUUUUCAUGAACGAGGUAGUAGCGAUAUCCGUGGCGUUUGUUGAAAAGCACCACGCAACGCCUAAAGGUUUUGAAGCACAGUCUUCAGCUCCCUGGAAAAAGAAUGUAUUGAGGAAGCGAGGGCCGAGAAAGAGAGCGAUCUCUGUUAUUGACCAGCAGCAGAGAUUGCUGGCUCUUGGGGAGAAAGCUACAAAGCAAGAGCCAGUUCCUGUGCUG